UUUAAGGCUGUCGAACGAGUAACAAUGAUCUUUUCAAGGUGUGUCUUUAUUUUGAUCGUUUGCUUGUUGUUCAACCCGGCUGUUGGAAAACCAGGAUACCGUCGUGAAAACGAAAAUUGUGCAUUGCCUGUGUCUGAGAAAGUCAAUUAUAAUAUGCUUCCUGAUUCUUGGUAUCAAAUUCUAAACACCAAUGAUCCAGUUGAACGCAAUGUGCCAUGUUAUGUGAUCAAAUAUUUCAAAGAAACUGCCGACGGAAUUUUUGCUGAAUUCCAGGGUAUUUCAUCAGUGGAAAAAGGUACAAUGUCACUUAACGAAAUCAUACCAUUCCGUUGGUAUGACAAUGGAACUUCAAUCACCAGACGCGACCCAAAUUUUGAAUUUUUGUGGUUUAUUGGGGAAAACCUAACGGAGCAGGUGAACAUGCUUUGGAAGAGAUUCAUUACAUUAACGAGCAUCCGAUGAGUUGCUUCACAGAUUAUGAGCAUUAUUACAUGUGCUUGCAGUGUGGUGGAGAAGGUCCACAGUAUAUAUGGGUACAUAGUCGUAAUCCACAUCCCACUGCAGAAGACAUUCUACGAGUUCACAAGAAGCUUGUUACAAUCGGUGGUGGCUGGAGCGCAGUUCCCUUGUACUUAUCCGGCUGUCAUAAAUCCAGCAUGCCAGAAACAAUUGCUUACUAAAAUGCUAAUGCCUACUAAAUAUUAUAUCUAAUAUAUGUAAUUGAUGUUAUACAAUGCUAAACAUAUCAAAAAUGUAACCCAGUAAUCGCAUAACCUAUUCAAAAAUGUAAGUUAGGAAAUAAGUUUGUUAUAACUAAUGGCAUCGUCUAUAACUUUAGGACAGCAGAAUAAAAUUGCUGGAACAUUUACCAAUUAUAAAUAUUAAUCAUAGUCAG